AUGGCACAGGCACUGCUGGUACCCCCGGGACCCGAAAGCUUCCGCCUUUUUACUAGAGAAUCUCUUGCUGCUAUCGAAAAACGUGCUGCAGAAGAGAAAGCCAAAAAGCCCAAGAGAGAACAAGACAAUGAUGAUGAGAACAAACCAAAGCCAAAUAGCGACUUGGAAGCUGGAAAAAACCUUCCAUUUAUUUAUGGAGACAUUCCUCCAGAGAUGGUGUCAGAGCCCCUGGAGGACCUGGACCCGUACUACAUCAGUAAGAAAACUUUUAUAGUAUUGAAUAAAGGGAAGGCAAUUUUCCGAUUCAGUGCCACCUCUGCCUUGUAUAUUUUAACUCCACUAAACCCUGUUAGAAAAAUUGCUAUUAAGAUUUUGGUACAUUCUUUAUUCAGCAUGCUUAUCAUGUGCACUAUUUUGACCAACUGUGUAUUUAUGACCUUGAGUAACCCUCCAGACUGGACAAAGAAUGUAGAGUACACGUUCACUGGAAUCUAUACCUUUGAGUCAUUUAUAAAAAUCUUGGCAAGAGGAUUUUGCUUAGAAGAUUUUACAUUCCUUCGCGAUCCAUGGAAUUGGUUGGAUUUCAGUGUCAUUGUGAUGGCAUAUGUGACAGAGUUUGUGGACCUGGGCAAUGUCUCAGCGUUGAGAACAUUCAGAGUUCUCCGAGCAUUGAAAACAAUUUCAGUCAUUCCAGGUUUAAAGACCAUUGUGGGAGCCCUGAUCCAGUCUGUAAAAAAGCUUUCUGACGUCAUGAUCUUGACUGUGUUCUGUUUGAGUGUGUUUGCUCUAAUUGGUCUGCAGCUGUUCAUGGGCAACCUGCGGAAUAAAUGCUUGCAAUGGCCUCCAAGCAAUUCUGCUUUUGAAAGCAACACCACUUCCUUUUUUAAUGGCACAAUGGAUUCAAAUGGGACAUUUGUUAAUGUAACAAUGAGCACAUUUAACUGGAAGGAUUACAUUGAAGAUGACAGUCACUUCUAUGUUUUGGAUGGACAAAAAGACCCUUUACUCUGUGGCAACGGCUCAGAUGCAGGCCAGUGUCCAGAAGGAUACAUCUGUGUGAAAGCUGGCCGAAAUCCCAACUAUGGCUACACAAGCUUCGACACCUUUAGCUGGGCUUUUUUGUCUCUGUUUCGACUCAUGACUCAAGACUACUGGGAGAACCUUUACCAGUUGACGUUACGUGCUGCUGGAAAAACAUACAUGAUAUUUUUUGUCUUGGUGAUUUUCUUGGGCUCUUUUUAUUUGGUGAAUUUGAUCCUGGCAGUGGUAGCCAUGGCCUAUGAGGAACAGAAUCAGGCCACCUUGGAAGAGGCAGAACAGAAAGAGGCUGAAUUUCAGCAAAUGCUUGAACAACUCAAAAAGCAACAGGAAGAAGCUCAGGUACUGGCAGUUGCGGCAGCAUCAGCUGCUUCAAGAGAUUUCAGUGGAAUAGGUGGCUUAGGAGAGCUCUUGGAAAGUUCUUCAGAAGCAUCAAAGUUAAGCUCCAAAAGUGCUAAGGAGUGGAGGAACCGAAGGAAGAAAAGAAGACAGAGGGAGCAUCUUGAAGGAAACAACAAAGGAGAGGGAGAAAGGUUCCCCAAAUCUGAAUCUGAAGACAGUGUCAAAAGAAGAAGCUUCCUUUUCUCCAUGGAUGGAAACCGACUGACUAGUGACAAGAAGUUCUACUCCCCUCAUCAGUCUCUGUUAAGUAUCCGUGGCUCCCUGUUUUCCCCACGACGCAACAGCAAAACAAGCAUUUUCAGCUUCAGAGGUCGGGCAAAGGAUGUCGGUUCUGAAAAUGACUUUGCUGAUGAUGAGCACAGUACAUUUGAAGACAGCGAGAGCAGGAGAGACUCACUGUUUGUGCCCCACAGACACGGAGAGCGACGCAACAGUAACGUUAGUCAGGCCAGUAUGUCAUCCAGGAUGGUGCCAGGGCUUCCAGCAAAUGGGAAGAUGCACAGCACUGUGGAUUGCAAUGGUGUGGUUUCCUUGGUGGGUGGACCAUCAGCUCUAACCUCACCUACUGGACAACUUCUGCCAGAGGGCACCACCACUGAAACGGAAGUCAGAAAGAGGAGGCUAAGUUCUUACCAGAUUUCAAUGGAGAUGCUGGAGGAUUCCUCUGGAAGGCAAAGAGCCAUGAGCAUAGCCAGCAUCCUGACCAACACAAUGGAGGAACUUGAAGAAUCUAGACAAAAAUGUCCACCUUGCUGGUACAGAUUUGCCAAUGUGUUCUUGAUCUGGGACUGCUGUGAUGCAUGGUUAAAAGUGAAGCAUCUGGUGAAUUUAAUUGUUAUGGAUCCAUUUGUUGAUCUUGCCAUCACUAUUUGCAUUGUCUUAAAUACCCUCUUUAUGGCCAUGGAGCACUACCCAAUGACUGGUCAGUUCAGUAGUGUGUUGACUGUAGGAAACCUGGUCUUCACUGGGAUCUUCACAGCAGAAAUGGUUCUCAAGAUAAUUGCCAUGGAUCCAUAUUAUUAUUUCCAAGAGGGCUGGAAUAUCUUUGAUGGCAUUAUUGUCAGUCUCAGUUUAAUGGAGCUCGGCCUGUCAAAUGUGGAGGGAUUAUCUGUACUGAGAUCAUUCAGACUGCUUCGAGUUUUCAAGUUGGCAAAAUCCUGGCCCACCCUGAAUAUGCUAAUUAAGAUCAUUGGCAAUUCUGUGGGAGCUCUGGGUAACCUCACCUUGGUGUUAGCCAUCAUUGUCUUCAUUUUUGCUGUGGUCGGCAUGCAGCUGUUUGGUAAGAGCUACAAAGAAUGUGUCUGCAAGAUCUCCAGUGACUGUCAACUUCCGCGCUGGCACAUGAAUGAUUUCUUCCACUCCUUCCUGAUUGUGUUCCGUGUGCUGUGUGGAGAGUGGAUAGAGACCAUGUGGGACUGUAUGGAGGUCGCUGGCCAAACCAUGUGCCUUAUUGUUUUCAUGUUGGUCAUGGUCAUUGGAAAUCUUGUGGUUCUGAACCUCUUUCUGGCCUUACUGUUGAGUUCAUUUAGCUCAGACAAUCUUGCUGCUACUGAUGAUGAUAAUGAAAUGAACAAUCUCCAGAUUGCAGUAGGAAGGAUGCAAAAGGGAAUUGAUUAUGUGAAAAAUAAGAUACGGGAAUGUUUCCGAAAAGCCUUUUUGAGAAAGCCAAAAGUUAUAGAAGUCCAAGAAGGCAACAAAAUAGACAGCUGCAUGUCCAAUAAUACGGGAAUUGAAAUAGGCAAAGAGCUAAAUUACCUUAAAGAUGGGAAUGGAACUACCAGUGGUGUAGGUACUGGAAGCAGUGUUGAAAAAUAUGUAAUUGACGAAAAUGAUUAUAUGUCAUUCAUAAACAACCCCAGCCUCACUGUAACAGUGCCAAUUGCUGUUGGAGAGUCUGACUUUGAAAACUUAAAUACCGAAGAGUUCAGCAGUGAGUCAGAACUAGAAGAAAGCAAAGAGAAAUUAAAUGCAACCAGCUCAUCUGAAGGAAGCACAGUUGAUGUUGCUCCACCCCGAGAAGGUGACCAAGCUGAAAUUGAACCAGAGGAAGACCUUAAACCAGAAGCUUGUUUUACUGAAGGAUGUAUUAAAAAGUUUCCAUUCUGUCAAGUAAGUAUAGAAGAAGGCAAAGGAAAGAUCUGGUGGAAUCUUCGGAAAACCUGCUACAGCAUUGUUGAGCACAACUGGUUUGAGACUUUCAUUGUCUUCAUGAUCCUUCUUAGUAGUGGUGCUUUGGCUUUUGAAGAUAUAUACAUUGAACAGCGAAAGACUAUCAAAACCAUGCUAGAAUAUGCUGACAAAGUCUUCACUUAUAUAUUCAUUCUGGAAAUGCUUCUCAAAUGGGUAGCGUAUGGAUUUCAAACAUAUUUCACUAAUGCCUGGUGCUGGCUAGAUUUCUUGAUCGUUGAUGUUUCUUUGGUUAGCUUGGUAGCCAAUGCUCUCGGCUACUCAGAACUUGGUGCCAUCAAAUCCCUCCGGACACUACGAGCUUUAAGACCUCUAAGAGCUUUAUCCCGGUUUGAAGGCAUGAGGGUGGUUGUGAAUGCUCUUGUUGGAGCAAUUCCCUCUAUCAUGAAUGUGCUGUUGGUUUGUCUCAUCUUUUGGCUGAUCUUUAGCAUCAUGGGUGUGAAUUUGUUUGCUGGCAAGUUCUACCACUGUGUUAACACAACAACGGGUAACAUGUUUGAAGUUAGUGAAGUUAACAAUUUGAGUGACUGUCAGGCUCUUGGCAAGCAAGCUCGGUGGAAAAAUGUGAAAGUAAACUUUGAUAAUGUUGGUGCUGGCUAUCUCGCAUUGCUUCAAGUGGCCACAUUUAAAGGCUGGAUGGACAUCAUGUAUGCCGCUGUUGAUUCACGAGAUGUUAAACUUCAGCCUGUAUAUGAAGAAAAUCUGUAUAUGUAUUUAUACUUUGUCAUCUUUAUCAUCUUUGGGUCAUUCUUCACUCUGAAUCUAUUCAUUGGUGUCAUCAUAGAUAACUUCAACCAACAGAAAAAGAAGUUUGGAGGUCAAGAUAUCUUUAUGACAGAGGAACAGAAAAAAUAUUACAAUGCAAUGAAGAAACUUGGAUCUAAGAAACCUCAGAAACCCAUACCUCGGCCAGCAAACAAAUUCCAAGGAAUGGUCUUUGAUUUUGUAACCAGACAAGUCUUUGAUAUCAGCAUUAUGAUCCUCAUCUGCCUGAACAUGGUCACCAUGAUGGUUGAAACUGAUGACCAGAGCAAAUAUAUGACUCUAGUUUUGUCCCGGAUCAACCUUGUGUUCAUUGUCCUGUUCACUGGAGAGUUUGUGCUAAAGCUUAUCUCCCUCAGAUACUACUACUUCACCAUAGGCUGGAACAUCUUUGAUUUUGUGGUGGUAAUUCUCUCCAUCGUAGGCAUGUUUCUGGCUGAGCUGAUAGAAAAAUACUUUGUGUCCCCUACCUUGUUCCGCGUGAUCCGUCUUGCCAGGAUCGGCCGAAUCCUACGUCUGAUCAAAGGGGCAAAAGGGAUCCGCACACUGCUCUUUGCCCUGAUGAUGUCCCUUCCCGCCUUGUUUAACAUCGGCCUCCUGCUCUUCCUGGUCAUGUUCAUCUACGCCAUCUUUGGAAUGUCCAACUUUGCCUAUGUUAAAAAGGAAGCUGGAAUUGAUGACAUGUUCAACUUUGAAACUUUUGGCAACAGCAUGAUCUGCCUGUUCCAGAUAACCACGUCUGCUGGCUGGGAUGGAUUGCUGGCACCUAUUCUCAACAGUGCACCACCCGACUGUGACCCUGACACAAUUCACCCUGGAAGCUCAGUUAAAGGAGACUGUGGGAACCCAUCUGUUGGGAUUUUCUUUUUUGUCAGUUACAUCAUCAUAUCAUUUCUGGUUGUGGUGAACAUGUACAUCGCUGUCAUCCUGGAGAACUUCAGUGUUGCUACUGAAGAAAGUGCAGAGCCCCUGAGUGAGGAUGACUUUGAGAUGUUCUACGAGGUUUGGGAGAAGUUUGAUCCCGAUGCCACUCAGUUUAUAGAGUUCUCCAAGCUCUCUGAUUUUGCAGCUGCCCUGGACCCUCCUCUUCUCAUAGCAAAACCAAACAAAGUCCAGCUCAUUGCCAUGGAUCUACCCAUGGUCAGUGGAGACCGGAUCCACUGCCUUGACAUUUUAUUUGCCUUUACAAAGCGUGUUUUGGGUGAGAGUGGAGAGAUGGAUGCCCUUCGAAUACAGAUGGAAGAGCGAUUCAUGGCAUCGAACCCCUCCAAAGUCUCCUAUGAGCCCAUCACAACCACUUUGAAACGCAAACAAGAGGAGGUGUCUGCUGCUAUCAUUCAGCGUAAUUUCAGAUGUUAUCUUUUAAGGCAAAGGUUAAAAAAUGUGUCAAGUAAAUACAGUAAAGAGGCAAUCAAAGGGAGGGUUGACUUACCUAUAAAAGAAGACAUGAUUAUUGACAAAUUAAAUGGGAACUCCACCCCAGAAAAAACAGAUGGAAGUUCCUCUACCACAUCACCUCCUUCCUACGAUAGUGUAACAAAGCCAGACAAAGAAAAGUUUGAGAAAGACAAACCAGAAAAAGAAAGCAAAGGGAUAGAGGUCAGGGAAAAUCAAAAGUAA